UUGUCAAGAGUGCACGGAAGGACACGGCAGCUCCCCACACAACCAGGAGACGAGGACCAUUGCCGGGUCACUAUUGGGCUUUGCUCUUGGCCGAGAAAGCCCGGGCCUCCACCAUGGAAACUUCAAAAUCUCCUCUCCGGCAGAUACCCGGCUGCAGUAUGCUCUUUGGCUUCCUUAUUCUUCUUGCCCAUGGUGCACUUGGACAAAAAACAUCCAUCGAACCCACCAGAGAGCCAACCACUUUUGUAGCUUCUACCAGGGUGGGUCCAAUUUCUGAUACGUCAUCAAAAGUCACAUUUCGUCCCACUGAAUUUCCCACCAAGAAGCUGAAAACAACGGGCACAGGCAGUGAUGCCACUUCAGAGGCCCACCCUGUUUCCAAAUUGCCGGUCGCCACAUCCAGCAACAAGGCGACCACUCCAGUGGGCACACUGUCUCUUGAACAGCUGUCUACACCCAAGCACUUGAAACCACAUACCAGCAACAAGGAGACCACUCCGGUGAGCACACUGUCUCUCGAACAGCUCUCUACACCCAAGCAUUCGGAACCAGCAACACUUAAACAGACCAAACAGGCUGACACUACCGCAGACAACCAUACCUCUGCUAACCAAGAGACAGCCACAACCGUUGCAACUACCCCAGGUGAAACAGAAACAACCAAAGUGGUGGGAAAAUCCCGUACAACUGUUGGGGAAUCAACGUCCUUUAGCACAACAGCAGCACCUGCUGGGAGCAUCGGCCUGAAACCAAGAAGUACAAAGCGAGAAAAAGAAAAAAGUACGACACCAGGACAACAUGUUCAGGGUGGCCCCACAGCGCACGAUACCAGCAGCCGGGGGCCUGAAGCCCAGCACACAACUGGAACAUCUACUAUUAAAGCAUCAGGAGAUGACACUGGGGUGAAGGACGGCCCUUCGAAGGACUUUGGAGGAGUCACUGUGACACCUAACGUUGAAACAACGCACUCUGAUCCUAAGCCGACGGCAAGCCCUGCAAUGGGCCGCAAAGGAGUCAUUGUGGCCAUCGUCCUCAGCAUCCUACUGCUCAUGGUUCUUCUCAUCGCUAUCCUGCUCUGCUGGCGGCGGCACCACUCUGGUUCGACCAGCUUCAAGACGGCAGGGUGGGCAGGGCAAGUGGCACUGCCGGAUGAUUCCGGGUUGGAUAAAGAGGUAGAGCAAGGGGCGCCGACCGCAGGGGAAGGAGAGGGAAGACGUGCGACCCUCACCACUUUCUUUGGCAGACGUCAGUCCAGGGUGCCUUCUGUAGCCAUGGAAGAAGUCGUUCAGAAAGAGACUGGCGAUGUAGAGGAAGCCCAGCCUCUGAUUGACGGGGAUGUGAGUAAGGUCUCCAGUCUGGAAGGGUCCGGGGAACCAAAUGGUAAACUUCCCGAGCCCACCGUGCAACAGUCUCAAGAGAAAGAGUUCCCUCCGCCGCCGGCCAACCAGGAGGAGAGUCCUCCUACACAAGUAGAAUAGGACACACCCACUUCCUAGGCUCCUCCCACCAGUGAAUGCUUCCACUGUUUACACUUCUUCUAUUAGAUUUAAGGCAGUCUGAAACCUCAUUUUACUGCAGUCUCUAUUCCCGCCCCCUCUUCUGUCUGUUGUGGGUGGGUGGAGGCGAGAAAGAAACUGUUGCUCCACCAUUGUUCAGAAAUAUCUGACCACAUCCUUUUUCCUGUGUGUAAUAAACCUGAGUCCACUGAUAAAAGGCUACCAGAAUGAAGAAUGAUUCUGAAAUAAGCUACAGUAUGGACAGCAACUAGAACAGGGGUAGCCGACAGCAGUACACACCAGACCAUUUGGCUCGGUAUUGAGGGCCAGGUCUCUGCCCAAGCAUCCAAAGCACCGGCAGCUCUGCCGCAGCAGAAGUGCAGGAGAAGGCAGCAGUCAAGGCUUAUGCCUGUUAUCAUCUCCCAGUCCUGCAAAGCCACCAGACCAGUAGACUCCAAGACAAAUCCCUGAAAUGCUGGCAACACCAUUGGGGCUUGGCUUGCGCCAUAUGUGUCUGGCCAAGAAGAACUCUCAAAUCCCCCCCCCCAAUUUGUUUGCUUGCACAGCAGGAUUUUCACAGUUACACACUGCAUUUUGUCAGCACUUUGGCAAAAAAAAAAAAG